GUCUGUUUGGACCAGGACUCACUCACCAGAGUAGGAUUAGGCAGUACGCCCUCCCUCCCCCAUUUUCAUUGAAGGGAAGAGAGAAGACAUGUGCUUCCAGUCUGGCACUCUGCAGUGGCAGCACAUGACUUAAAGGCUGUGUGGUCUUACAAAGCAUUGGUCAUGCCUGACCACCUCCCAGCCCAGCUCAACCAAUGAGAUUAAAGCACAACAGGAAAGAAGGGUCUGAGUUAAGAAUCAAAACACAACAGAAAUAGUACUUCUGACAGUUGUCAAAAGAAGGGUUCGGGUUUUGAGGAACAGACAUUUCACUGAAGAAGAAUUGUGAAGGCAGAAGAAGUAGGUGAUUUGUUCCAGAUCCCGGUUUAAGAUGCUGCUACAGUCUAAAUCAGUGCAACUAAAAGAGUGAUGUUUGUAUUUUGAUUGAUUACUGCUCUCGACAUCAGGUCAAACAUGGGUCGCUACCUCAGCACCAACUCCUGUGCGAGUUCUGUGAACAAGACUUUGAGAUCAUACUGCAAAAUUAGGUACCUAAUGAUCCUUCUCAGAAAGUACCCUCGGCUGGCAAAAGCACCGCUCUGCUUAGACCUGCACAGAUAUUCACAGGUUUCAACUCCUCAUCCUUUCAGGUUUACAAGAAAAGGAACUUCAAAUGGUUUUACUCACAGUGAUAUAGGCUCUACAUCUUACCUUUUUGUCAGGGAUAAUACGAAGGGAGUGAAACAUCUCCAAAUUGUGCGUUUUUACUCGUCCUCCAAUAGGAAUACAUUCAAAGCUGAGGCUCCAAUUGGAAUUUUUGAGGAGUCUGAAAACAGCUAUAAUCUGAGUUCACUGGGAGGACGCCUUGGUCAGUCAUUUAAUCGAUUGUCCAGCCACAUUAACUAUUAUUUUAAGAGCAAGGAAGUUGUACCUUUAGCUGGAAAUGUUAGUCUCAUGGACACAACCCAAGGUUAUGUUGGCAGGUCACAGAGACGAAGUCAAAGCUAUUGGGCAACCAGAGAGCGCAAAAAAACAGAGGGCAAAGAGACAACAGAAACCUUGAAAAGCAAGAAGGAACAUGAGGGCUCUGGAGCGAAUCCUCCAGCACAGAGCUAUUCUGGACUGCAACUAUUUCACAUCAGCUCUUUGGCGACAACAUUUGGUGAAAGCUACAGCUAUGUCGCUAAUCACAUCAACUCAGCCUUCUCUCUGGGUUUUGCAAAAGUCAAAGCGCAAGAGACUUUGAACACCAUAUCGUCCACCAAAGGGACAAGCAGAAGGAUAAAGAAGAGAAAAGUAUCAAACACUGGAAUCAUAAACUCUAAUGAAGCUGAAAUCUCUCAAGUAGAAUUGGAUGCAGAUAAAUCAGCAGUGGAACCGAGUAAUACGGGCCACCGUCAAUUUGCAACACAUAUCAAUAAAUACUUUGGUGCUAAGGUUGAAGAUCCAAAUAAGAGAGAACCGCUUCCAGUGGAAAGAAAUAGCCCUUACAAAGAACACCGCCCAACACAACCCAACUCACAAACUAAAAGCACAGCGUCACUACCCAAGAAGGAAGAACCUACCGCACCUGUAAGUGGAGGCCUUUUCCACAGCAGCAGCAACGCCACAACCUUUGGGGAGAACUUCUUCCAAAUGUCCGGUCACAUCAACCAGUAUUUCAAGGGUGAAGGUGAAUUGGAGGAGGACAUUGAUAGAGAUGUCGUAGUACAGAUGAACCAGAGAUCUGCUACCUCAGAGAGAUUGGGGACUCUAACUUUUAUGGAAUGCCUUCGCCACCCAACAAGUGCCAUCCCUAACCUGCUGGGUGCUUAUCUAAACCCAAUGGCUCAGGCUAAGCCCAAACCUGCCAUGACUUCACCAGAGAGAAUACUGAACAAAAAGUUUUUCCUGAGUCAGAGGCAGGCCGAGGAAAUUACUCGACGGUUGAUCGGCAGUCUGGCACAGGCUUCAUCUCCUGAGGCUCUGACCGCCUGCGUAGACGCACUCAACGAACACCUCAUCCGUUACCCAUCAUGCAAAGCUGUUAUGUGGCAGGAGAAAAGUGCAGUCACGUUGUUGAGAAAGCGAAGAACCUACAGAGACAACCCGGAGCUUCAGAACACUUUAAGAGAAACCUUGGCGCUGAUCGGGUAUCUGGAUCCGGUGAAAGGUCGAGGCAUUAGAGUGCUCUCCAUUGAUGGUGGUGGUACAAGAGGGGUGGUUCCCCUGCAGGUGUUAAAGAUACUGGAAGCAGAAACAGGCAAAAAGAUCCACCAGCUGUUUGACUACAUUUGUGGAGUGAGCACAGGUGCCGUUCUGGCCUUCAUGCUUGGUCUGGCCCACUUUUCCUUGGAGGAGUGCGCUGAUAUGUACCGUCGAUUUGGGUCUGAGGUUUUUCGGCAGAACCCGCUGGUUGGCACCGUGAAGAUGGGUUGGAGUCAUUCUUACUAUAAUACAGAGACCUGGGAGACAAUACUACAAGAGAAGCUGGGGCACAGAGUACUCAUUACAACUGCCAGAGAUGAGUUGAGUCCAAAGGUUUCUGCAGUCAGUGCGGUUGUAAACUGGGGCACGAGUCCAAAGGCCUUUGUCUUCCGCAACUACAACCACAAACCAGGGUCUCUGAGUCGCUAUGCAGGAGCCUCAGGCUGCGAGAUGUGGCAGGCAGUGCGAGCAUCAUCUGCUGCACCAGGAUACUUCCAGGAGUUUACCUUACAAAGUGACAUUCACCAGGAUGGAGGAAUCAUCCUGAACAACCCCUGUGCCUUGGCGGUCCAUGAGAGCCGUCUUUUGUGGCCCAACCAGCCCUUCCAGUGUGUGCUGUCCCUCGGCACUGGCCGCUUUGACAAUGUUAAGAGAGGACCUGCCACCUCCACAAGCUGGAGGGCCAAAAUCAGCAACCUGAUCAGCAGUGCCACUGACACAGAAGGGGUCCACACCCUUUUGGAUGACCUGCUGGCUCAAGACGUGUACUUUCGCUUUAACCCAAUGUUGAGCGCUUUGGUAUCUCUGGAUGAGAGCCGGCCGAGGGCUCUGGACCAGCUGCAGAGGGACACCCAGAGCUACCUGGAGAGAAACCGGCCCAAACUAGCCCGGCUGUGUUUAGUGUUAGGGGCAGAGCGGUCAGCUGUUAGCAGGACUAACGACUGGAUAAGUGAGAGGGCCUGGGAGAUGAAGCAGAGAUGGGUUUGAGUUGGUUUAUUAUAAGGUUGAAACACAGGUGUAUAAAUGUACGAGCUAUGGAGAAAAGGAAAGAAAGCCAUUGACAGUACAACAAUUCUGCACAAAAUACUCAAUCCAUUAGUGCAGGACCGGAUUUUGGUACUGGAAGUGUUCUGGUUUGCAUUUGUAGUUGUGGUACCAUCCAGGGGAACAAAAGAGGGGGAUCGCAAUCUACUGUAACACAAUCUUGGAACUUAUCAAUCGCCAUGUACUAGUGAUGUAGCUUUAGUUUAAUAUCUUCAAACAAAUGUCUGCAAGUAGGCUCAACUAGUAAUCUGAUGUCUUGUUCCAAUUUCAUUUUUGCUUCUCAAGUUGCUCGUCAAACUGUAAACGAAUGCAGUGAACGGAAGUCAUAGCAGAAGUCCUUUAUUGCUAAUAAGUAGUUUCGCCGCAAGCCUUGAAAUGUUUCCCAUUGAUCCGAGAGGCUGAAUUCUGACUUUUUUUCUCAGAAUUCUGACUCCGAUUCUUCUAUUUAUUUUUUGUUACUUGCCUAACUUACAAAAAAAAGUUCAGUAGCCCUAAUCCUCUUCUGAUCUAAACUGUUAUCAGACGAUAGCUGAUUGCUUUUGGAAUUGUUUGGACCGUCAUCAGACUCCCUGAACUCUGUGGUCACUCUUGUCUUGGUUGGAAAUGGUUGUCUUACUGUCCCCAAAUCUACAUUCAUACUCCACAGAAGAUGAACCCACUUAUAUUACUUGACCCCCGCCCCUAAUCUCAAUCACUAGGAUGACAUUUGUAAUUUGGAGUUUAAUAUAUUGUCUACUAUCGUAUCACUCCCCCUGACACUUGUUGCCAACAUUCACACUCCUCUGAGGAUGAACUGUAAUAAAAGUGAUCUCUUUAUUCAUUAACACUUGUUGCAUCAUCAAGCUAUAAUCUAAAUCCCUCUAAUUCUUACCUUCAAAACUUGACAUCAAAUCAUCCUCAACUACCUACUGUGUUUGGUGCCUCAAUUAUAUUGAGCAUGGUGUUUGAUGACUUCCUGAUACUGGUGCACAAAAUGAAUACGCACAUUAAUGAAGAAAGCACUUUGAUAUAUUUUAUUUAUAGAAAAGUCUCAUGUAACAUGCACAUGUGAAACUAACUGUGUUAGUAAGUUAUUAGUCACUUUAUUUGUUUUAAAUAAACUGGUAUAUAUGAUGA